GAUCUAAUUCUCAUCAUGGCAGCAGAGAACCCAGAGACAGAUGGUCCCAGAUCCUUCAUGCCUGCUGAGCUCCAGCAUCCCCACUCUAAGUAUUCUCAGUGGAAGUUUAAGCUGUUUAGGGUGAAAUCUAUGGAGAAGGCACCUCUGCCGAGUGAGACACAGACCGAGAUAGGAGCUUCAUUAGGGAUCUCACCUCCUAACGCUCCAAAUAUAGAAGCAGAUCAUGGAGGGGGACUAGCGAGUGUUAUGAAAUUGUGCCUUGGGGGGAAAAGCAAAGAAAAUGUGGAAGGCGCUGGUAAGAGAGUUGAUAUGAAACUGCAGGAAAUGGACACCCACAUGAACCAUCUCAGGUGCUUGUGCCGCAUCUGUGGAAUGAUCCUGAGGAAGGUCAAAGGACCUGUGCAUGAUGUCCAUGGUGAUCUGGAUGACGCAAGCAAGUGUGUGCUCCGCAAAAUGGGUUGCAAGUUUACGAGCUGGCCAGACAUACUUCUGAAAGUAUUCAAGGUGGAUGUGACAGAGGACGCAGAAUCCAUCCACCCUCUUUCCUUCUGCCAUCGCUGCUGGCUUGCCGCCAUACGAGGAGGAGGGGUCUGCAGCUUCACUAGAACAAAAGUCCCAGAGUGGAAGCCCCACACCUCCCACUGCUACCUGUGCUCCCCCAAAAAGUCAUCAUUUCAAAGGACUGGAAGAAAGAGGAGGAAGGUUGUUCCUAAAGUCCAGAGUUUGGCCAAAAGGGCCAGGUGGGACCACAGUGACACCAUUGCUGUUGGUGAGAAGAGAGCCCUUAGACCCUUUGGAGACUGCCACAAUCCUGUGCUGAGGGCCUGGAAAAAAAAUGCUAUCCAGAGAGAACAGUGGGUAAAGAAUAUCACGCACUGCCAAAAUGAUCACCUUAACACCAAACUGAUUGCAGAAAAGCUACCUGCGGAUUUUAUCAUUUCUUUCACCUGCCUGGUGUGUGACCACCUGCUCUGUGAUCCAGUUCAGUCCCCCUGUGGGCAUCUCUUCUGCCGCAGCUGCAUUAUAAAAUUUACCCACGUUCUGGGACCCCACUGCCCUUCAUGCAACGUUUCUUGUGCUCCUGAUGAUCUCAUCCCUCCUGCCAAAACCUUCUUAUCAACUCUCUACUCUCUGCCUCUGCUGUGUCCCUGUGAAGGUUGUGGUGAGCACGUGCAGUUAGGCUUGUUCAAGGCCCACUGUCUAAACCAUGAGUUGGAGCCGGGUACAAGCAAACACUCAUCUCAGUUUCAAAGCUACCUGCUAACCAAUAAGGGAGGGAGACCCCGCCAGCACUUGCUCUCCUUAACCCGUCGUGCCCAGAAGCACCGACUGAAGGAUCUGAAGAGCCAGGUGAAGGUGUUUGCAGACAAAGAAGAAGGCGGUGAUCUGAAGUCUGUGUGCUUGACACUGUUUCUGCUCGCUCUGAGAUCUGGAAAUGAACACCGGCAGGCAGACGAGCUGGAGGCCAUGAUGCAAGGCAGAGGCUUUGGAUUGAGUCCUGCUGUGUGCCUGGCCAUUCGUGUCAACACAUUCCUGAGCUGCAGCCAGUAUCAUAAGAUGUAUCGAACAGUCAAAGCUACAAGUGGCCGCCAAAUCUUUCAGCCCUUGCACACCCUCAGAGCUGCAGAAAAGGAACUUCUUCCUGGCUUUCACCAGUUUGAAUGGCAGCCAGCUCUCAAAAACGUGUCCACAUCUUGUAACGUUGGCAUCAUAAAUGGGCUGUCAGGAUGGACAUCUUCGUUAGAUGACUCCCCAGCUGACACCAUCACCCGGCGCUUUCGCUAUGAUGUGGCGCUUGUUGGAGCACUGAAGGACCUUGAGGAGGACAUCAUGGAAGGUCUGAGAGACACUGGGAUGGAAGAUAGCGCUUGCACCUUGGGCUUUAGAGUCAUGAUCAAGGAGUGCUGUGAUGGCAUGGGUGAUGUUAGCGAAAAGCAUGGUGGAGGACCAGCUGUUCCUGAGAAGGCUGUUCGCUUCUCUUUCACUGUUAUGUCUGUCUCUAUCCAGGCUGAAGAUGAACAGGAGGAGGUCACAAUUUUCACAGAGCCAAAGCCCAACUCUGAACUAUCCUGUAAGCCCCUUUGCCUUAUGUUUGUGGAUGAGUCUGACCACGAGACUCUCACUGCUGUUUUGGGGCCUAUAGUUGCAGAGCGAAAUGCGAUGAAAGAGAGCAGGCUCAUUCUAUCUAUGGGCGGCAUGCCACGCUCCUUUCGCUUCCACUUCAGGGGCACAGGGUAUGAUGAAAAGAUGGUGCGUGAAAUGGAGGGCCUGGAAGCUUCGGGAUCUACAUAUAUCUGUACUUUGUGUGACUCCAGUCGAGCAGAGGCUGCUCAAAACAUGGUGUUACACUCCAUCACCCGCAGCCAUGAUGAGAAUCUGGAACGUUAUGAAAUAUGGAGAACCAACCCCUUUUCUGAGUCUGUAGAUGAGCUACGAGACAGAGUCAAAGGAGUCUCAGCCAAGCCCUUUCUGGAGACCCAGCCCACGCUAGAUGCAUUGCACUGCGACAUAGGCAAUGCCACUGAAUUCUACAAAAUCUUCCAGGAUGAAAUUGGAGAAGUGUUUAAGAACCCCAACCCCAGCAGAGAGCAACGGCGCAGCUGGAGGGCAGCCUUGGAUAAACAGCUGAGGAAGAAGAUGAAGCUUAAACCAGUGAUGAGGAUGAAUGGGAACUAUGCCCGAAGGUUAAUGACCAUGGAGGCUACCGAGGUGGUUUGUGAACUGGUGCCCUCAGAGGAGAGGAGAGAGGUCCUGAGGGAACUCAUGAGGCUCUACCUCCAAAUGAAACCUGUGUGGCGUGCCACCUGUCCAGCCAAGGAGUGCCCUGACCAGCUGUGCCGCUACAGUUUUAACUCCCAGCGCUUUGCCGACCUGCUCUCCGCUACCUUCAAGUACAGGUAUAACGGAAAAAUAACCAAUUACCUGCACAAGACCCUGGCCCAUGUGCCUGAAAUUAUAGAGAGAGAUGGAUCUAUUGGAGCCUGGGCCAGCGAGGGGAACGAGUCGGCAAACAAACUGUUCAGGCGUUUCAGGAAGAUGAAUGCACGUCAGUCCAAGGCCUUUGAACUGGAAGACGUGCUAAAACACCACUGGCUCUACACUUCUAAGUACUUGCAGAAGUUUAUGGAGGCUCACAAAGACUCUGCUAAAGCUUUCCAGGCAACAAUAGAUCCAGAAGAGAACCAGGAUGAUGAAGAGUUGACUCCAGAAAUAACUGGGUUUUGA